AUGUCCAUGCCUCAAUUCAAGGAUCUUGGAAACGAUAUCUGGCUGUACGAGCCUCGAGACAAUGAAAAGAACAACCCAGAACACCGGACCGAAUGGGAUCGCCCGAGUGGAAAGGGACACCCGCCGGCUCUCAUUAUCCUAUGCACAUGGUUAGGAGGAGCGACUACCAAACGGAUCGACAAGUACACCGAGGGCUACCAUCGUCUCUGGCCUUGUUCCAGGAUCCUUCUCAUCCGUACCACCCUCAGCGAAUAUCUUCUCCAGAGCACCACUUCUCUCCGCAGGAGGCUUCGUCCAGCCCAUCAUGAGAUCAGGAGGCUCGGACAAGAGGGUCAAAGACAACGUCAAGAUAAACCCACGAGCGAGCUUACCAGCGGGGAAAUCAUUCUCCAUAUGUUCUCGCAGGGUGGAAGCAACACGGCGACCCAGCUACUCGAGUCCAUGAAUGCGAUCUUGUCGACGCUGGGGCACAAGGGACCACUGCCACUGAGACAGAUCGUUCUCGACAGUUGUCCGGGGGACCCUGGUAUCUACAGCACUUUUGCAGCUGGUGCCUACUCCUUGCCAGAAACCAGCCUCUUGCGUCCUUUGGGUAGUACUGCCUUGUUCAUCUUGGCCGCGGGCUUAGCGGGCAUGGAAGCCACCGGACUCAAGACACCUUUGGCCAAAAAGAUGCGCUCGCAAUUGAAUGAUCCUGAAAUCUUCUCGGCCAGGGCUACCAGACUGUAUUUGACCUCAGAAGCGGACACUAUUGUGGACUCUCGAGAUGUUGAAGAACACCGGGAUCAGGCUGCUGCCAAGGGUCUGACGACAGAUAUUUUGCGGUUCCACCGAGCAGGACAUUGCUCCCUCGUCCUGGAGGAUGGCGCCGCUUAUUGGAAUGCGAUCGCGUCCGCGUGGGAGAAGGGUGCGGUUCCCGGUACUGCGCAGAGCGCCGGAGAGGGCGAAGACAAGUUAGUGCCACAGUUUCCCCCUGUGUCUAUCGGAGCAUCCAGUCAGUCCAGGAGUCGGCUAUAA